UCACUCACUACUUAACAUGCCCAAAUUUUAGAAACCCUUCUUUCUCCACCAAAACCCAGAACCCAAAACCUUCCCCCCCUCCCUAAAAAAAAUGUCUUCUUCUUCGUCACUACCACUACCAGAAGCAGUAGUUAAAAAUAGAUUUCUAGGGUUUAUGAUAUGGCAAUCAAUUACCUCAACCUUCAUUUUCAUUCUCUUCAAAACCAUAACAACCCUUUACUCACAGUCAUCUUUCCUUUUCUCUCUUUUAGCUUUCCUGAUAUUUGAAAUCUCUCAGUUACUAUUCUCAGUUUUUCUCUCGAUUCCCUCCUCUCCUAAAUCCUAUUCCCCUGUUUCUGCCUUCCAUCUUUCCUUUGCUUUCCUCCGUUUCCUUUUCGUCUCUGGUGACUCUUUCUCUUCCGUUGAUUUCCGACAUCGUUUUAACCUUUCUCUCCGUUUGUUUCUGUUCUUGGUUGCCGCUUCUUUGUCUGGGUUUUUAUCACUUUUAUGUCUUUGCGGUUCGCGUAAUUAUGGGUUCAUUAGUGGUUUUGGUUUUGGCUUGUUUUAUGCGGGUUAUUAUAUCUAUAAGCAGCGUUGGAUAUUGGAGUUUCCCAUUAUUCAGCGUCCCCUUUUCUACAGCUUUAAGAUGAGCCUUCCCUUGGCUGUUAAACAAGCUUUGAAGCUUUCAAGUGUAGCCUACCUUUUUUUAGCAGUGCUGCUUGUUUUUCUUCCAAACCAGCUUAAGAGUUAUGUGACAAUGGGGGAGUUUGUUAGUGAGCAGAUCAUCCUAUCCUCUGGCAGUUUUGCUGUGUUUCUUUGCUGGGAGUUGAGUCACCAUUUGCAUCAGGUGCUACAUACAAAAAGGUUUGUGUUUGCUCCACCAAUAGGAUCGGCAGCAGCAGAAACAAACCCCAGUGAGCCUCUCCUUGCAGCUUUGGAGGAGAGCACCCCUUGUUCUCUUCCACAGUAUCUUGCAUAUCUUGAUCUUUGUAUGGUUUGUGAGAAUAAUGUUGAUACUUGGCGGCGAGCUGCAUUUUUUGAAGAAACUGGUGAGACUUACAAGAGAGUUAUAGCUGUUUGUCUGCGGCCUCUGGAACACCUUACAUGUACCUUGGCUGAAGGCUUUGAAAGUCAUUCUGUUGACAAUGCUUACCAACAAUCGAAUCAAUUGCAGCCACAAACUGACUCACAACUAGAUUCAAAGUGUUAUGAACUCCUGAAUAACUUCCAGCAAUGUGCAUGGUGUGCAAGGACAGUAGCCUUCUUAACUGCACGCUCACACACUGAGGACAGGUUUGGGGUUGCUCAACUUUCUGGUAGCAAUGCUGCUGUUGUCUCAACACUCUUAUCUUGCCUUCUUGCUGUUGAAGCAUUCAUGGGGAAGAAAACUAACUUGCAGGCCUCUCAUCAGUUGAUGGGGCCAGUGGGUAUUAAAUGGGCUACUCUGAACACUGGAAGGCGGGAUAUUGCAGUGGUUAAAAAGAGAAGUGGCCCAACGUAUUCAAAAGCAUAUGCCAUAGCUGAUGUGCUGAGGACUUCAAUUUACUAUAUUGUAUCUGCUUUCCAUGAUGAAAUGCUCACAAGUGACAAGGCUGGCCUUCUUGAAAAGGAUUGGCUUAUAAGCAGCAAGCCUCUUCUUGGAACUCGCGAGCUGCUCCUGCAGAAAUUGCGGCUUUUCCUUGAUUUUCGAGCAAGUUAGCUACCUGUUUUCUUGGUCUUAGAGCUGUCUUUCUAUUUCUCCAUUGCUUCAGUCAUUUAAAAGAAAAAAAAAAAGAACGGGCAUUUGGGCUGGGCGAGUUUGUCAUUGAGCUACUUCAAGGAUUGAGCAUGUAAUCUGAAUUUUGCUUCGAGGGUAAAAUGAUUGUAACUGUAUAUCAUGUUCCCUGAUUGGUAUACCAAGAAGAGAGGCAGUAGGAUUUCGGUUGCAAAAUUGUGUCAUUGAAAUGUAUACUUCGUUCGAACAGUAGGAUUAUGAUGAUAUACUAUGGACAGUAGCAUCUUAGCAGACCCACUCUUCAAACAGUUGGAAAAAUUUUGUGUAUUGAUGUAUUGUUGGAACAACUGGGGGUCUUGAGAAGUUGGAUUAGUUCUUGUGGAGUUCAAGAAUGUGUUUCCAGAUAGCACCUCUGGAAGUCUGAUGUUCAAAUUGUUGUACUUUCAUGUGCUAUUAAAGCAUUCAUCAAGCUGAUAAUGUUUGCCCUA